GGCGAUGCCGAACAAAAAGCGUGGAGAGUAGUUUUACCGAGGCAUCGCGGGUUGAGAAAACAGGCAAGCGAGCGAAAAACGGAUAUAUUCCAAACUACACCCUUUGAUGACUCCGAUCAAAAGACUUCAACACCCCGUUCAUAUGAUAAAUAA